GGAAAGCUUAGAGUGGGGGACCUAACCCAAUUCCAGAUGUACCCCGAGGGACACAUGGAGAAGAACAGCAUGCUUCAUUCAGAUUAUAGGGGUGACAAAAGGACAGACUUCUCCAACUCUGAAAACUCCACGGGACCGAGAGCGGACAGCAUGGCUUUGCUGACCCAUCGAAGGAAGAGAACCAACUUCACCCAGCAACAGAUCGGGGUGCUGGAGAAAGUCUACUCCGACACAAAGUAUCCUGACAUCUACCUGCGUGAAAGGCUGGAGGCUCUCACCGGCCUACCAGAGUCCAGAAUUCAGGUGUGGUUUCAGAACCGACGUGCCAAGUCCCGUCGCCAGGAAGGGUCGCCCAUGUCUAUGAAACUCAGCAGUUUAGCCACCAACGCCGCAGUGGUCCCGUUUGCUCAACUUCAUAACAGAAUGCCACAAGACAAUCAGAGAAUGCAGAACUUCGCACUCGGGGACAACUUCAGACCACGACUUCAAACCCGGACGAACAAAACGCACGCAACGUCAACGCUACACAGGAAAACGGUCAACUACGAACACUCUGCUAUCCCUUUCGUUUACGACGCGUCCAUGGGAAGAAAUGGGAGCAAAGUUGAACAAAUGGAACAAGACAAGACAAUCGCAGGACCAAAACAUGUCCUGGUUGAAUAUGACAACUUCCCCCCAAACAAGACAAUCGGUCCCGAGAUGAAAGUGGUGAUACCCCCUAUUCCAUCAUUAAACAACUUCGGCAGGAUUUCUCCGAAGAACGUCGCGUGCCAAGUACAGCAUCCUCAAAUGAAGAACAGACCGGAUAACUUUGACCACUUCUCUUCCAUUCAUGCCAGUGAGCGACAAGAGUUCUCUGAUUCAGAUUCAGAGUGGGAAAACGGUGCCAUGACUAGUUUUGGCAACUUCAUGUGAGAGGCAGUGAACAGUUUGAGCUGUGGGUUCAUAACUUCAAAAUCAACGGACGUAAGAUUGCUGUAAACAAUUAUUUAUUGUAUAUUUUAAAACAUUUGCUUUUGCAAACAUGCACAAUAAAAUAUAUAUUACAUUUAA